GGUCUCCUCCUAACGGCAGACCCCCCAGUGGUAUUUAUCUCUUCCUUUUCAACGUAAUGUUCCGAAAAGUAGAGUAUUAUUAUUUUCAAAUUAAUUUAAAUGAAUCCAAAUACCAAUGGCUAAACAAUAGGCCUACACCCUGUUUCCAAUGUGUUUGGGCUCCCGGACACCUCCCACUACUUAUACUCGACCUUAUAGUGAAGAUGUAUCCUUCGACAGAGCAACAUGGCACCGAUGAUGAUGAAGGUGGGGAUGCUCUUGUUUCUUGCGCUUUCGAUCCACGCUGCAGCACGUCGAAAACAAGGAAACGCUUGUGAAAAUAGGCAAAAUGGUGAGUUCACAAAGGUAACUGCCAACAACUACAAAGAGACGAGCGCCGUGACCAAUGAAGAGGAGCUGUACGACUGCUCAACUACACAGACGACCAAGGGGGUCCUGAGGUGUCUGGAGGGGCAGUGGACGAAGUGCCGCCGGGUCUGCGGUAGGCCAGUUAGCACCGAUGCCAAUGCCUACCUUGAAAACAAAGAGACCAGCUUCGCCCCUGGAGUCAAAAUCCGCUACUCGUGUGCCGUUGGAUAUGCUCUGUCCGGGGGCAAUCGACACCGAAGAUGUUUACCUAAAACAUUUACAUGGUCGCCUUUAACCAUAAAAUGUGAACGCAGUUCAUGUGGCUCUGCUGGAGAGAUCCUGAACGGAGAGGUCAUCUAUACUGGAGUAGAAUUUGGACAUACAGCCACAACAGUCUGUGCCAAGGGAUACUUGCUGGUGGGAAAGGCCAACAGGACCUGCUUGAGUGGUGGUUGGGAUGGACGUCCAGCCUUUUGUGAAGCCGUGCAGUGUACCAAACCAAAGACCAACACAGAGACAUUGGGCCCCUGGAAGGCCUCGUACACGUACAGACAGGUCCUGAUGUUCCGCUGCCGUCAGGGCACUCUUGUGGGCCAGAAGGCCAUCUCGUGCAGCGAGAACGCGACCUGGAGUGCCCCCCCUCCCGUCUGCAAAGAUGUUGAAUGUCCUCGUCCAAACGUGCCGCACUCGUCCCUGUCAGGGUCGUGGCGCCCACCGUUUAGGUACAGGGCCUCGAUGACCUUCUCAUGCGACCCUGGCUACGUUCUGGAGGGCCAGUCCUCCGUGUCCUGUAGCCUGGAGGGGAGAUGGACCCCCGCUCUUCCCCAAUGCAUUUAUGUUGAAUGUCCUCGUCCAAACGUGCCGCACUCGUCCCUGUCAGGGUCGUGGCGCCCACCGUUUAGGUAUAGGGCCUCGAUGACCUUCUCAUGCGACCCUGGCUACGUUCUGGAGGGCCAGUCCUCCGUGUCCUGUAGCCUGGAGGGGAGAUGGACCCCCGCUCUUCCCCAAUGCAUUUCACCUCGAGAACAAGGAAACGCUUGUGAAAAUAGGCAAGAUGGUGAGUUCACAAAGGUAACUGCAAACAACUACAAAGAGACGAGCGCCGUGACCAAUGAAGAGGAGCUGUACGACUGCUCAACUACACAGACGACCUCGGGGGUCCUGAGGUGUCUGGAGGGGCAGUGGACGAAGUGCGCCCGGGUCUGCGGUAGGCCAGUUAACACCGUUGCCAAUGCCUACCUUGAAGACAAAGAGACCAGCUUCGUCCCUGGAGUCGAAAUCAGCUACUCGUGUGCCGUUGGAUAUGCUCUGUCCGGGGGCAAUCGACACCGAAGAUGUUUACCUAAAACAUUUACAUGGUCGCCUUUAACCAUAAAAUGUGAACGCAGUUCAUGUGGCUCUGCUGGAGAGAUCCUGAACGGAGAGGUCAUCUAUACUGGAGUAGAAUUUGGACAUAGAGCCACAACAGUCUGUGCCAAGGGAUACUUUCUGGUGGGAAAGGCCAACAGGACCUGCUUGAGUGUUGGUUGGGAUGGACGUCCAGCCUUUUGUGAAGCCGUGCAGUGUACCAAACCAAAGACCAACACAGAGACAUUGGGCCCCUGGAAGGCCUCGUACGCGUACAGUCAGGUCCUGAUAUUCCGCUGCCGUCAGGGAACUCUUGUGGGCCAGAAGGCCAUCUCGUGCAGCGAGAACGCGACCUGGAGUGCCCCCCCUCCCGUCUGCAAAGAUGUUGAAUGUCCUCGUCCAAACGUGCCGCACUCGUCCCUGUCAGGGUCGUGGCGCCCACCGUUUAGGUACAGGGCCUCGAUGACCUUCUCAUGCGACCCUGGCUACGUUCUGGAGGGCCAGUCCUCCGUGUCCUGUAGCCUGGAGGGGAGAUGGACCCCCGCUCUUCCCCAAUGCAUUUAUGUUGAAUGUCCUCGUCCAAACGUGCCGUACUCGUCUCAGUCAGGGUCGUGGCGCCCACCGUUUGGGUACAGGUCCUCGAUGACCUUCUCAUGCAACUCUGGCUUCGUUCUGGUGGGCCAGGCCUCCGUGUCCUGUAGCCUGGAGGGGAGAUGGACCCCCGCUCUUCCCCAAUGCAUUUAUGUUGAAUGUCCUCGUCCAUACGUGCCGUACUCGUCUCAGUCAGGGUCGUGGCGCCCACCGUUUGGGUACAGGUCCUCGAUGACCUUCUCAUGCAACUCUGGCUUCGUUCUGGUGGGCCAGGCCUCCGUGUCCUGUAGCCUGGAGGGGAAAUGGACCCCCGCUCUUCCCCAAUGCAUUUGGAAUGGAUAUGGAGGGAAUGGAUAUGGAAAUUAUGGAGGGUAUGGAUAUGGAGGGAAUAGAUAUUGAUUGAAUGCAUAUGGAUAAGACCUUUCACAACAAAAUGUCUUAUCCAACCAACCAUCAAGAGUAUAUAAAGUCACAAUUUCAGCAGAAAAGUAGCACAUUUGGCCUUGAUGGGAGUAGCAGUGUCAUAUAUGCAAACUAUGUACUUCGCCUUCCACAAAAAUAAUGCAUUUUUGAUAAGGCUAUCUUUUGUGAUACAAUUAAAUGUUUGAUCAUCGGUCAUCUUUGGCAAUAAUAAACAGAAUAUAUUAAGAUGAAGUACAGUUUGUUUAUUU